AUGCUUCGCUCGAUAUACAAUCUAAUACAUCGUAGUGACAGCUGGAAUAGUUUCCCCGGGGUGUUUUCACUAUUAAAUAGAAUGCUUGAAGAAUGGACACAAACAACACAUUCAACCAUUACUGAUACCAAUGGAACUACAAAAUCCAACGGAUCUACCCGAACUGAUAUUAAUACAAUCAAUUUACCACCUGUUGUUAUUUACACCGAUGGUUCUUGCAUUGAUCAUUACGCAUCUGGUAUUGGCAUUUAUUUUGGACCCAAUCAUCCUUUAAAUAAAAGUAAGGCAAUUCAUGGUCAUGAACAUAAUAGUGGAUUGGCUGAGAUAAUUGCAGCUAAGACAGCGCUGAAAUCACUACGAAAAUGGAAUUUGUACAAAGGUGAAAAUAUUAUAUUGCGUACUGAUUUUCUACCGCUUAUAUAUGCAAUGAAUAAUGAUGGUUAUAAUGGACGAUUUCAUGAAGAAUACUUUAAACUGAAACGAUUAGCGAGAAAAUUUCCAAAUGGUGUACAAUUUGAACAUGUUUUUGGUCAUGAAGGAGAGCAUGGGAAUGAAGAAGCAAACAAUUUAGCUCGUCGAGCAACUAUGGCUGCUCGAUUGGCACGACCACGUAGCGCACCACCAUUUUAUGAUAUAUUAUCAUACAAACAUCGCCGUUCACGUUCACGUUCACGGUCACGUUCACGAUCGAGAAAUUGCAGACGUUCCAGACGUAUUAAUUCCAAGGAUCAUUAUCGAAGUCGAAGUGCAUACAUUCCAGGGAAAUAUUCCAGACGACGAAGACGUUAG